AAAAGUUGUGUCGUAGGUGCAGUGAUAACUGUGAGGAGUCAAGAUGCCGUCGAAGGGAGCCACGAUGGUGCCGAACGCGCACUUGCACAAGGACUGGCAGAAGCGCGUGAGCACGUGGUUCACGCAGCCGGCCCGGAAGGAGCGCCGUCGCAAGGCCAGGAUGGAGAAGGCCCGCAAGAUGGCCCCGAGACCUGUGCAGCGUCUUCGUCCCGUCGUGAGGUGUCCCACGCAGCGUUACCAUCGCAAACUGCGCAUGGGCCGUGGUUUCACGCUUGAGGAACUCAAGGCUGCCGGAAUCAACCGCAAUGAAGCCAAGACCAUCGGCAUUGCUGUCGAUCAUCGCAGGAAGAACAAGAACGUCGAGGGUCUUCAAUUGAAUGUUCGGCGAUUGAAGGAAUAUAGGUCGAAAUUGAUCUUGUUCCCGAAGAAGAUGUCCAAGCCGAAGAAGGGUGACGCUACGCCGGAGGAAAUGAAGUUGGUGGUUCAAGCCCAAGGGGUUCUUCUGGCGCCAUCGAAUAAGUUUGUGCCCGAGGCAGCCCGAGUGCCGACUGAAGAAGAGAAGAAAUUCUCUGCCUACAUCGCUCUUCGCAAGAUGCCGUCGAAGGGAGCCACGAUGGUGCCGAACGCGCACUUGCAUAAGGACUGGCAGAAGCGCGUGAGCACGUGGUUCACGCAGCCGGCCCGGAAGGAGCGCCGUCGCAAGGCCAGGAUGGAGAAGGCCCGCAAGAUGGCCCCGAGGCCCGUGCAGCGUCUGCGUCCCGUCGUGAGGUGUCCCACGCAGCGUUACCAUCGCAAACUGCGCAUGGGCCGUGGUUUCACGCUUGAGGAACUCAAGACUGCCGGAAUUAACCGCAAUGAAGCCAAGACCAUCGGCAUUGCUGUCGAUCAUCGCAGGAAGAACAAGAACGUCGAGGGACUGCAAUUGAAUGUAAGACGAUUGAAGGAAUACAGGUCGAAAUUGAUCUUGUUCCCGAAGAAGAUGUCCAAGCCGAAGAAGGGUGAUGCUACGCCGGAAGAGAUGAAGUUGGUGGUUCAAGCCCAAGGGGUUCUUUUGGCGCCAUCGAAUAAGUUUGUGCCCGAGGCAGCCCGAGUGCCGACUGAAGAAGAGAAGAAAUUCUCUGCCUACAUCGCUCUUCGCAAGGCGCGUUCCAACCAAAAGUUGUGGGGCAUCAGGCAGAAGCGAGCAAAGGAAGCUGCAGAAGAUCCGGAAUCCUAUGCCAAGUCCAAGGAGAAGUCGUUGGCAGCCCUGAAGAAAAAGGGACGCAAGUGAGGUUGCCAGACUGAACUGCCUACCGUUUAUUUGCGGGGAUUUGUUUUUGGCAGGACCUGUUUCAAAGUCCAAUAAAAGCCAACUUCCGAGUGA